AUGUUGGAUAUGGACAAAGGAACAGAUUACUGCCAGUAUUCAGGGCACAGGGACUUACCAGAGGUUGACUCCUAUGAUGUUACUGUGGCCGAAGACCUGGGAGAAAUCCAGCUGAUAAAAAUUGAGAAGCGAAAGUAUUGGUACUUGGAUGAUUGGUAUCUUAGGUACAUUACUGUGAAAACACCAAUAGGUGACUACCUGGAGUUUCCCUGUUACAGAUGGAUCACAGAUGAAAAAGAGAUUGUCCUCCGAAAUGGAGCAGCAAAGCUGCCCCGGGAUGACAAGAUCCAGAUCCUCAAGCAGCAUAGACGCAGAGAGCUUGAAGACCGGCAAAAAAUGUAUCGAUGGAAGGAAUGGCAUCCUGGCUUCCCCUUAAGCAUUGAUGCCCAUUCUCACAGUGAUUUGCCUCGUGACAUCCAGUUUGACAACGAGAAAGGAGUUGACUUCAUUUUGAACUACUCCAAAGCGAUGGAGAAUCUGUAUGUCAAUCGCUUCAUGCACAUGUUCCAAUCAUCCUGGAGUGACUUUGCAGAUUUUGAGAAGAUCUUUGUCCGAAUCAGCAAUACAAUCUCUGAAUAUGUGAUGCAGCACUGGAAAGAAGACUUUAUGUUUGGAUACCAGUUCCUGAAUGGUUGCAAUCCUGUAAUGAUCAAGAGAUGUACAGAGAUACCCAAAAAGUUUCCAGUUACCACAGAAAUGGUAGAAUGUAGCCUGGAGAGAAACCUGACUCUGGAAGAGGAAAUAAAGAAAGGGAAUGUUUUCAUCGUGGACUAUGAACUGCUCGAUGGAAUUGAUGCCAAUAAAACAGACCCAUGCACAAUACAGUACUUGACUGCACCCAUCUGCUUGCUUUACAAAAACCUGGAGAAUAAAAUUGUCCCCAUUGCAAUCCAGCUCAGUCAGGCUUCAGGACCAGACAAUCCCAUAUUCCUCCCUUCAGAUUCUACCUAUGACUGGUUAAUGGCCAAAAUUUGGGUUCGCUCUUCUGAUUUCCACGUGCAUCAGACUGUGACUCAUCUCCUGCGGACACACUUAGUUUCUGAAGUAUUUAGCAUAGCCAUGUUCCGGCAACUGCCUUCUGUGCAUCCCUUCUUCAAGCUCCUGGUGCCCCAUAUGCGGUUCACCAUAGCUAUCAACACCAAAGCCAGGGAGCAGCUCAUCUGUGAAUGUGGUCUCUUUGACAAGGCAAAUGCCACGGGAGGAGGUGGACACGUGCAAAUGGUGCAGCGAGCAAUGAAGGAGCUUACCUAUAAUUCUCUCUGCUUCCCAGAGGCAAUCAAAGCCAAAGGGAUGGAUAGCCAGGAGGAUAUUCCCUAUUACUUUUACCGGGAUGAUGGCAUCAAAGUUUGGGAAGCCAUAAGGAGCUUUGUAGAGGAGGUGAUUGGCAUCUACUAUGAGAGUGAUGAGGUGGUGAGUGAAGAUGUGGAGCUGCAAGCCUUCAUCAAGGAUGUCUAUGUCUAUGGAAUGAAAGGCAACAAAACUUCAGGAUUUCCUAAAACAAUCAAGACUCGAGAGAAGCUUUCUGAAUAUCUAACUGUGGUGAUAUUUACAGCUUCAGGCCAGCAUGCAGCUGUGAAUUUUGGUCAGUAUGAUUGGUGCUCCUGGAUUCCCAAUUCUCCACCAACUAUGCGCUGCCCUCCCCCUACAGAAAAGGGCACAGUCACCAUUGAAAAGAUAGUGGAGACCUUGCCGGACAGAGGACGCUCUUGUUGGCAUCUUGGAGCUGUCUGGGCCUUGAGCCAAUUCCAGGAGAAUGAACUGUUCCUGGGUACGUAUCCAGAUGAGCACUUCACAGAGAGGCCAGUAAAACUGGCCAUGGAGAAAUUCCGCAAGAAACUCGAUGAGAUCGUCAGCUUCAUUAGUGAAAGAAACAAGAACAAAAAGCUCCCUUACUAUUACUUUUCCCCUGACCGGAUCCCCAACAGCGUAGCUGUCUGAAUGCAGCUCCAUUAGGGGUUUGAAGGAUGAGGAAACUAAUAUCCGCUUUCCUGUGAUAUGUGCUACUUAUCUAUAGACCUUCCAGGUUGAAUAAAAUGAGUAAUAUAGACUGUCUUCCAAAAUGGACCCUUAGCAUCAUCUGACUUUCAAAGUAAGUUUGGUUGCUACAACUAAUUUUACAAGCUAAUUCCUAUGAAAAGCCAUCAGUUCAGAUUGGUUCCAGAAGCUUAAAUCCAGUAAAAAAAUAAGCUUUUCUAUAUCUUAAAAGCAAUUGCAAAUAUAUCCAUUAUUCCCCCCCAGUUGAAACUUAGAUAAAAUGAAAAACUGUACAGUGCAAAAUAAAUAAAGUGGCCUUGUGCGUGAAAUACCGGAAGUGACAGUGCCUAGAUACAGGCUGAAGAAGAAACUGACUAGUCUGUUCAUAGCUCGUGUCUUGUUCGGCUGAUCGAUGACAAUAAACAGCUGCAGGAGCAACAAGUUAAUUAGAUUUUACUUUUUUCCCCAAUUUGAUAAGUGCUAACAAUAUUCAGAGGAGAAAGAAGUACAUUUAUGUUUUUAAAAAAAAUCAGACUUUAAAGAAAAUGUUUAAUUAUUUCACUACAUUCUGAAAUGUUCUGAUAGAAGCAGAAAUACAAGCAAAAUUAGAAGUAGAAAUCGAGGCAGAAAUCAAAACAAGAUAUCCUGAUAGGGAUGGGGAAACUAUUCUCCUGCUGUCACUUUCUUACUGUUCUCUAUGGGAAGUGACACAACCUCACUCAUGCAAAACAGGCACUUUAUAUCCAGGUAUUAUUUUUUACACGAAACUUAAGCAUUCUUUUUUCAGCCUGUAUCUACAGAUUUUAUACUGUUAUUGUGCAUAUGCAAACUUUUGCUCACACAGCAAAAAUGCAAGCUGAACACACUUUUACCAGCUUUAUUUUUCAUAAGAAAUUGGCUGUUUUUUAAGGUUUGUUUCUUUUUCUUUUCUUUUGCUUUGGUGUUUGGUUUAUGCACAGUCUGGCUUUCAGUUUUAUCAGAACAAAUCUGAAGUUGUGGCACAUGAUACUUCACAAGUCCCAGGGUUAACUGCUAAGAAAGGGCUAGAGAGUUGAGUCUACUAAGUACAUUUCUGCACUAUCUUCAUUAGAACGGCUCUUUUGUUAAGGAAUCAUUUUUGUACAAAAGAGCUUUUCCCUGUGCACCGUAUAUAUCCAAAUACAGAAAUCAACCUGCACUGAAGUAGAGGCAGAAUGCUCAUAGAAAGAGGUGAUGGAGAAUUUCUAAGUGUUUUGCUUCUAUGGUAUUUUAAUUGAAAACCUCAAAUCUAGACUAGGGAUCUUCAUAGUAUGUUUAAAUAAAGUGAUAAUGAAAGUCAAAAUGUAAUUUUGGAAACAUGGAAGGUGUGUGGUUUUGUUAGCAACACUUUUGAUUAUUUUGCCCAAACUUUGCUCUCUGUAAAUAUAUUUCCAUGGCCUGCAGUAUGUAUUCCCCCUACCUAAGAGUUUCUUUUGCUAAUGGAAUAAAACUGAAAGACAGCAACAAUAACAAAGGCUGGAAAUA